GUCACUAUAUUGUCCCAAAGUUUUUGCAAACCAAAAACCCUCACUUCAACUGCAGGUUCAGUCUCGCUCACUCAUCGCUCCCACGGUCGCGACAACAGCGACUCUCUCCGUUUCUAAAUCUGAAAGUGAGAAAAAGAGCAGUUAUUAUAUGGCAGAUGACGUGGUGCAAGAAGGAGACGAAAAGCAGGAAAUUCAGGCCAAGAUAGCGGACGCUGUGCGUUCACGCCUCCAACAAUUCAAAGACCAAUCCGAUUCAUUGACGUUGGGAAGUGUGAGGAGAUUAUUAGAGAAGGACUUGGGGCUGGAAAAGAACUCUUUGGAUGUGCACAAAAGAUUCAUUAGCCUGUACUUGGAAAAGCAAAUGCAAGAUGCUGAUGAUGACAACUCCAAAAGGACGGUGGAGAAUGUGGAGAAAGAUGCCCAUUUAAAUGAGAAAGAAGUGAGAGAAUUUCCUAAAGUGCAAAAAACAAAGAAAGAUCCAAAGGCUAGCAAUGGAGAUGAUUCAGAUGAAGGAACACUCAAAGACUUUCCUGUAAUGGGCCUCUUAGACAGCAAAUCUGAAGUGGACAAUCAAGGCUCUGUAAUUAGCGAAAGUAGGAUUAAGAAGGCCAUUUGGGAUAGAGCCGAUCAUUUCAAGUCUAAUUCUGAGAAGAUAACUUUGGCUGGAGUUCGCAGACUGUUGGAGGAAGAUCUUGGACUUGAUAAAAAUACUCUCGAUCCUUUUAAGAAGUUAAUAAGUGAGCAAAUAGAUCAGGUGCUAAAUUUAAACAGUGUUUCUAAAAAUGCUAAUCACAUUAAGAGGAAAAGCUCUGAGAACUCUCAAAGUAAAGCAUCAAAAAAGAUCAGCAGUGAGACAGGUUCUGAUUCUUCAGAUAAGGAAAGUGACAAAGGAAAAGACAUAGUACAAUCAAGGAAGAAGGCUGCUACAAGGGCAAAGGAUGAGAAAUCGGAUGAGCUGAAGAAACGUAAAAGGUCUAACAAAUACAGUGAUCUCAAUGUCCCUGGCAAGAACCAAAGCACGCGUGCAAAGAGGCCGAAAGAAGAAGAUAUUGAUUCAGCUAAUGAUGGAGGUGUAUCUGAAGAUGGUCAAUCUGAAUCAUCUGUAGGGAAACCUGCGAAGAGGAAAGAACAACCGACCCCUGGAUAUGGAAAACAAGUCGACCAUCUGAGAUCUGUAAUUAAAUCAUGUGGAAUGAGCGUCGCUCCUACAGUUUACAAGAAAGCCAAGCAAGUACCUGACAGCAAACGAGAAGCCUUUUUAGUGAAGGAGUUGGAAGGGAUUCUCAAAAGAGAAGGGCUAUCUAGCAAUCCUACUGAGAAAGAAAUUAAAGACUGUAGAAAGAGAAAAGAAAGAGCAAAAGAACUUGAAGGCAUUGACAUGAGCAACAUCAUUUCAAGUUCACGCAGAAGGUCAACAAGCAAUUUUAUGGCUCCUAAAUCUAGAGUAGAAACUAAAGGUGAUAAGGAUGAUGUCAAAGCUAGUAAACACAAGGAUAACAAGGACAAAGAUUGCAAUGGCAGUGAUGAACAGGAUGAAACUAAAGUUGAUAAGGAUGAUGUCAAAGCUAGUGAACACAAGGAUAACAAGUACAAAGAUGGCAUUGAUGGUGAUGAAGAGGAAGAUAAAGUAGAAGAAGAAGAUGAUGAAAAGGUAGAAGAAGAAGGACAUGAAGAAGAAGAAGAAGAAGAAGAAGAAGAAGAAGAUGGUGAUGGUGAUGGUGAUGAUGAUGAUGAUAGUAGUGAAGAAGUCAACGAAGGUAUACAUCUUUUGAGGUUCUUCAUGCCAACUCUCUUUCCCCUCUUACGAGUUUUUAGAUGGUAUAUACAUGUAAAAUGAAAUAUUGUCAUGAGGAUUGUGGUGCUGGGUAGUUGCCAGCCUGCUUUUUAAUUGUGUUUGUAACAUUGAUUCAACUCCAACCCUCUAAAUUGCUGCAUACAAGUUUAUGUAGAAAUGUUAUGCUUAAUGCCAAGAUAAAAAAUAUUCUGUUGUAA